ACGUCCUCACCUAUCUCACCAUAGGUGAGAUAGGUGUACGCGACAUCCACACAUAUAUUUGGAUUGACAAGUGCAACGGUCUUUUUUUUUUCUGUACAUGUAUCUUGUGAAUUAUAAUAAAAUCUUGUCACACGAUCCUUGUCAUAAAAUCGAGACACACCUUUCUAGUUUUCCACGUGAGUAAUAUUCUGCAGUCAUGACUUACUAUCUUGUAAAGAGGUGUAUUAGCGUGAAUUAUUUCUCCCAUAUGCUGACUCGUGUUCAACCAGUAUUUUGUAUCCAAAAAUGUGGCUACGCUCACAAUAUAGAUAUAAAUUUAAGUGAUGGACCAGUUAGUAUUUUGAAGCAAAAAAUAACGAGAGGCGAGUUGAUGAACGACACACAUCAGAUGAAAGUAGUAAAGAUUCUGCAGAGAAUUUAUCAAGAGGUACACAAUUACAAGCCACAACAAUUAAAUUUAUUGGAAAAAUGGUUUGGUGGAAAAAGGAAAGAUGUGCCGAAAGGAUUGUACAUUCAUGGAGCAGUGGGUGGAGGUAAAACAAUGUUGAUGGAUCUAUUUUACAAUUGUUGCCAGAUUGAGAACAAGAAAAGAGUUCAUUUUCAUUCCUUCAUGUUGGAUGUACAUAGUAGAGUGCAUAAAGUGAAAAAGACGAUUGUACGAGAUACUACAAGUACCAAACCGCAACCUUUUGAUCCAAUACCUCCAAUUGCAUCCAGUAUCGCUGAAGAGACUUGGCUAUUAUGCUUUGAUGAAUUUCAGGUGACGGAUAUCGCGGACGCUAUGAUAUUGAAACGGCUAUUCACAGAACUUUUUGAUAAUGGCAUUAUAGUAGUCGCGACUAGUAACAGAUCGCCCGAUGAUUUAUACAAGAAUGGACUACAACGGGGAAACUUUGUGCCAUUUAUAAAAGUGCUGAAGGAUCAUUGUUACAUUAGCAACUUGGAUUCUGGAAUAGAUUACAGAUUGAAAUCAGGGCCUGGAAACAAAAAACUAUACUUCAUAAAAGGCAAGGAUGCGACAAAUGAUGUGGACAAAGUUUUCAAAUAUUUAUGCUCUAUGGAGAACGAUGUUAUACGACCACGAACAAUUUGCAUAAGAGGACGAAAUGUCACUUUCCAGAAAACCUGCGGGCAGGUGUUGGAUUCCACAUUUGAAGAAUUGUGUGAUAGACCUCUUGGAGCAAGUGAUUAUUUGGAAUUGAGUCAAGUGUUUCAUACAAUCAUAAUAAGAGAUAUACCCCAAUUGAAUCUACGACUUAAGUCUCAAGCCAGGCGAUUUAUUACUCUUAUUGAUACACUGUAUGAUAAUAGGGUACGGGUAGUUAUGUCGGCGGCUGUACCACAUACACAAUUAUUUUUACCAGAAAGUGAGUCCGAAUAUACUGACGAGAAAAGAAUGUUGAUGGACGACUUGAAGAUAUCACAUGGCUCGGAAGAUCACAAAGCAAAUAUCUUUACUGGUGAAGAAGAACUCUUUGCAUUCGAGCGCACCGUAUCACGUUUGGCUGAGAUGCAAACUUCACAGUAUUGGGAACAAUGGGAAUAUCAUAGAUAAUAAUAAUUUUAACUAGUGCAAGUAGAUUUAUAUAGUUCUAUAUGAAUUCAUUUAUACUUGUAACAUUUUGACAAUAGAAUUUUGAUAAGAUAAUUUCACAAACCAAAUUAUUUACACUUUGUCAAAUGUGCAGUUUGCUUAGAGUGUAAUUUUCAUGCUUGGUCAAUAUUUUAUUUUAUUUAAAUUGUAUUUUGGAAAGAAAAGUUUGUUUUCGAAAUCUGACAUUAAAUUAUAUGAUUAUUUAUGAAUAGUAAACCUUAAUUUUAGGACUAAAAUAAAUAUGUAUGUUUGUAUCUAUGUAUAUAUGUAAAUUUUCAAUAAUAUGAAAUGUUAUUUA